CACGCAACGAACCGCAGGGCGACGGCUAUUCGUCCAGGGCGAGCAAGGGGCUGCCUAUGGUGGUAACUUCAAAACGGACGUUGGCCUCUCCUUGUCGGUUGUAGCGGUGUAUGCAUAGUUGCGCUGCUGCUGCCGUCACUGAAGAUUAUCUGGAUAUUUCGCCGCUGCCAUCGUCAUCCACAAGCUGCACCGUAGCACUACUAAGGCCCUGACAACCCCUAAAGCUACAGCAGCUGGAUCCCCUCCCCCACUUGGCAACGAUGGCGACGAAGUCAUCCAGACAGCUUCAGGUGCUCGCAGAAAACGGCCGGAAACAGGGAGCACAAGCCCUGGUAUCCCAGAAACGAGUGGCCGAGCACUCCCCAGAGAAGGCCCCCUCAAGGAAGCGUGCCAUUCUGGGCGACAUCACCAACCCCAACCACAAAGCAGUAGUGACCGCAGCAGCAGCAGCAGCCAAGAAAGGUGGCUUAAUCAAGCCGGGGCCCAAGAAGACUGUGCUUCGAUCACGGAACAUUGCAGUUGCUGCAGCAGUUGCCACACAUCAGCCUGUAGCCAAGGCAGCCACUGCUACCUCAGGAGCUGCCAAGCCCCUGCCAGAAAAACCUACAAGCUCAGAAGAACCGCAGACGUCGGCCUUGCCCACUGCGUCUGAAGAACGGCAAUGCUCUGAGCUGCCCGAAGGAGUUGCCGACUUUGACUUCGAGUCGCAAAAUGAGCCAUUCUCAGAGUCCACAUAUGCGGCCGACAUCUUCAACUACUACAAGGAACGAGAGGGGUCGUUCGUGGUUUCCAAGUACCUCAAUCGCCAGGAUGAGCUCUCUGUGAGCAUGCGGGCAGUGCUUGUUGACUGGAUGGUGGAGGUGCAGGAAAACUUUGAGCUCAAUCACGAGACACUCUACCUGGCAGUCAAGUGUGUCGACCGGUACCUGUCCCUGGAGCCCUGCUCCAAGACCCAGCUACAGCUGCUGGGAGCCACCGCCAUGUUUGUGUCUUCGAAGUUUGACGAGCGUUGCCCACCGUCUGUAAGGGACUUCCUUUACAUCUGUGACGAUGCCUACAGCCACGAUGAGCUCAUUGCCAUGGAGGCCCAUCUAUUACGAGUGUUAGACUUCCAGCUGGGAAUGCCAGUGUCCUACCGGUUCUUGCGGCGGUAUGCGCGCUGCGCAAGGCUGCCCCUGGAAAUGCUGACACUGGCGCGCUACGUGCUCGAGACCUCCCUGAUGGACUACAACGUGGUCGACCAGAGGGAGUCCAAGAUGGCCGCCGCAGCUUUGCUGCAAGCCUUGCUCAUGAAAGGUUGCUCCUGGAAUGCAACCCUUCAGCACUACUCUGGCUAUAAGGCUGAAGAACUGACUAGCUUGCAACAGCACCUCAACCUCUUCCUGUACCAGCAACAAAAUAGCAACCUUGAGGCCAUCCGCUCCAAAUACUCGCACAGGGUGUUUUCCGAAGUAGCGCUCACCCCCCUGCUACCGGUGGAAACGGAAACGAGUUGAGCAUCUAGCUGCCUCGUCAACCGCACCACUGUCCUGCAACUUGCCAAACCAGUCUGCUGUGCGGAAAACGGGAUAUGGGGAGGGGAUACGCGAAGCCCGCACACAUAUCGCUCAUUGUGCUCAAAGACCCAUGUACAUAGUCAUCAUGCUGCUGCGUCGAUUUUAGCGCUUUUACCCCAAGACUUCCCAAUUCCCAACCUGCAAUUUUUAAGUAAAACCAAAUGUGUACAGCCAUUUCAA